AUGGUGAUGCUUUCAACUGAUGUUUCAUAUAACAAAAGGUUAGCUCAAUGUAUAUGUGCAAUUGUAUGGUGUUUGUUUUCGGGUGGUCCCAUUUUUGGAUUUGCUGCUUUGAAACCAAUUCUAAUUAAAGAACAUGUUUAUGAAAAUUUAUGUGAUUUUAAUACCCUGAAUGUUACAUCAGGUUCAGCAAAGUGUUCAAAACAGGAUCUUAAAUUGAAUAUGAUAUUUACUGUUGCUGCUGUGCUAACCAAUAUUUCAGCAUUGCCAAUUGGAAGAGUAUUGGAUGUUUAUGGACCUAAAGUCUGUGGCUUAAUAGGUGCAACUUUCUUAUACAUUGCUAGUUUUACAUUUAUAUACUCAAAUCAAUUGGAAUAUUAUAUUGAUCCUUAUAUGAUUGGAUAUUCAUGUUUGGCACUAGGUGGACCAUUUGCAUUUAUUUCUUCAUUUCAAUUAUCAAAUUCAUUUCCUCAAAAAAGUGGUACUAUUUUAGCUGUUAUAACUGGCGCUUUUGAUGCUUCAAGUGCUUUAUUUUUAGUAUAUCAAUUAAUUUAUAAUAAAUUGGGAUCAUUUGAAUUAAGAGAGUUUUUUGCAAUAUAUUUGAUCGUCCCGACUUUUAUUACCAUGACCCAAUUAACUAUAAUGCCUAAUGAAUCAUAUACGACAAGUAUUGAGGUUAAUGAAUCAACUCCUUUAAGACGUAAUUCAAUGGGUGAAGCAAUUAGACACACAUAUGAUGAUGAAAAUAUAGUUGAACACAGUGGUGUAUUUGGUAUUUUACAUGGUUUAACAUCAAAACAACAAAUCUUAACUUAUUGGUUCUUAUUAAUUUGUUUGUUUAGUACUAUACAAAUGUUAAGAAUCAAUUAUUUUGUUGCAACUAUUGGAUCACAAUAUCAAUAUAUUUUCAAUGAUACGAAAAUUGCAGAGUCAAUCAACAAGUUUUUUGACUUGGCUUUACCUUUAGGUGGGAUAAUAAGUAUACCAUUUAUUGGUAUCUUUCUUGAUAAUUGUUCAACUGUUUUAGUUCUUUCAGGUUUAUUAACCAUUUCAAUAUUAAUUGGAGUUUUUGGUUUAUUUGCAAAUUUUUCAAUUGCAAUUUUAGGAGUGUGUUUAUUUGUUUGUUAUAGACCAUUAUUUUAUACUACAAUAUCAGAUGUAUGUGCAAAAGUGUUUGGGUUUGAAACGUUUGGUACAGUUUAUGGUUUAAUAAUAUGUUUUAGUGGUAUUAUCAAUUAUGGUCAAAGCUAUUUAGAUGAAUUAACACAUACAUAUUUUAAGAUGAACCCAAUACCUAUUAAUUUGAUAUUAAUUGGUAUUUCAUUAAUUAUUGGACUAAUUACGGUGAUUUAUAUAGAUUAUCAAGCUAAACUAUAUAGAAAAUAG